AUUUCCACUUUUGUUAUUUUACAAAACAUAGAGUUGCACAUAAAUUAGUUGUGCCAUUGUCUAGUAGCACUUUAAUUGCAAAUAGCAAGGUUAAGAGAACACAAUUCAUUGUUAAUUUAAUAUCCAAGAGAAAAGAAAAAAUGAAGGAUGCAGAUGUGUCAAAGCAAAUCCAGCAGAUGAUUAGGUUCAUCCGCCAAGAAGCUGAAGAGAAAGCUAAUGAAAUAUCUGUUGCUGCAGAAGAGGAAUUCAAUAUUGAAAAACUACAAUUACUUGAAGCUGAAAAGAGGAAGAUCAGACAAGAGUACGAGCGAAAAGCCAAACAGAUAGAUGUUCGUAGAAAGAUUGAAUACUCAAUGCAGCUGAAUGCAUCUCGUCUAAAAGUACUCCAAGCACAGGAUGAGGUGGUGAAUUCUAUGAAAGAUGCGGCUAAAAAAGCAAUUUUACGUAUCGCAAAUGAUAAGAAAGUAUACAAGAAACUGAUCAAAGAUAUGAUUGUUCAGGGUUUACUACGCCUGAGGGAACCAUCUGUACUACUGCGAUGUAGGGAGAGUGACCGUAAACUGGUUGAGUCAUUGCUAGAGGAAGCUAAAAAAGAAUACUCAGAGAAAGCAAAUGUGCAAGUUCCCCAAAUUGCCCUUGAUGAUCGUGUUUACCUCCCACCACAACCAAAAAAUGGCUCCGUCGAUUCGCAUGAACCUUUCUGUUCUGGAGGAGUAGUAUUGGCAUCAGAGGAUGGAAAAAUAGUGUUGGAGAAUACCCUUGAUGCACGACUUGAUGUCAUUUUUCGACAGAAGUUACCUGAGAUACGAAAGCGCCUGUUAGGUUGACCAGCCCAAUGCAAUUUUAAUUAUAUUUUUAUAUCAACAUAAUGGAAAGGCAAGGACAUCGUCACAUCUUGACGAACUUGAUCAGAGCCAAUGAUACUUAUUUUUACUUUAUCUUUCGUUUUGUUUUAAGGUUAUGUGUUGCAUAUCUCCAAUUUUGUUGUAUUGUUUUUUUAAAUUAGACGAGAUGAAGACUAUUUAAAAAUAUGUG